GAGCUUGUUAAUUGACAGAGAGCAGUGCAUCUAGACAGCAGUGGACAACACUCGCGGUAGAUCUAUCUCGUCGACAUUAUUUUUCCAUUUGAAAGCACCCAAUGAAGAAGAUGGUCUGAUAACGGAUUUUCAAGACUAAAACCACGAAUGUAAUUUUAGUACAUUCAACAUCGAGCGCGCGCAACGCCCGCUUAGGUUUUUUUCGUCUCGACACCCGUCUCCUCUUUGAGAGCUAAGUUCCCAUGCGAUUCUUCAGACUCACAUUUAAGUGUUUCGUGGAUUGUUUUUGAAGGUGCUGUCCAAUUCGGUGUUUUUCUUUUGAGAGAUUGUCUUCCAAAAUUAUAUAAUUUAAUUUUACAAUCCCAAAAUUUAUUAAAAAAAAAUCGAUUCUGACCACCGUCUCAUCGUUGCGUGUUCGAUAUUGCAAAGCGAUAACUUAAAUAUCUUGUGACUUGAAACAUAACCGUGAUAUAAAGAAGGGCACGGACCAGACCCUAUCUAAAGGGCUGUCCGAAGUGAAUCAAAGGGACGAUAUUGGGUCCAUAAAGGGAAAACGACCCAAACGAGUAUAAGAUUAAGAGAGAGUGGAAGGUUUUAUCCGGGAUUAUUCUGAAUCCUAUUGACUGAUCUUUUUACUGGUUUUCACCUCAGUGUUACCUGGACAUUGAGGGUGUUUUGUUUACAAGUGCGUAAUUGGGAUGGAGAAAUCUGCAUACAGCACCGACAGCAGCGAAGUGAGCGUGGUCCUGGGAGAGGAGAAAAAGGGUCAUCUCAUCCCGAACGGGAACGGACACCAAACUGGCGUAAAUGGCAACCUCAUUGGAAGCGGCGGCGCGGCCGGCGCUGCACCUGCCGGGAUGGCGUCAGCAGCGAAGCCAGGGUAUCCCGAACGAGAGACUUGGACCAGACAGAUGGACUUUAUCAUGUCCUGCGUGGGCUUCGCAGUGGGUCUGGGGAACGUCUGGCGUUUCCCCUAUCUCUGCUAUAAGAACGGUGGAGGAGUAUUCUUGAUCCCCUACAUGCUGAUAGUGAUUGUGGGGGGUAUUCCUAUCUUCUUCCUGGAGAUCGCUCUGGGACAGUUCAUGAAGGCAGGCAGCAUCAAUGUGUGGAACAUCGCACCGUUGUUUAAAGGCCUGGGCUAUGCCUCCAUGGUGAUUGUGUUCUUCUGUAACACCUACUACAUCAUGGUGCUGGCCUGGGGCUUCUACUACUUCAUCAAGUCCUUCAGCUCCACACUGCCCUGGUCCACCUGCGACAACCCCUGGAACUCAGAGAACUGCAUUGAGUUCUACCGCUGCGACACCAACAGCUCGCUUGGCAACAUCACGCACGGCAACACCACGCACGGCAACAUGACCUGCGAGGAGCUGGCCAACGGUCGCUCGUCCAUCAUCGAGUUCUGGGAAAAUAAGGUGUUGAACAUCUCAGAAGGGCUGGACCACCCUGGAUCGAUUAACUGGGAGAUGUUGCUGUGCCUGAUGGCUGUGUGGGUGAUGGUCUACUUCUGUGUUUGGAAGGGAGUCAAGUCCACUGGCAAGAUUGUUUACUUCACAGCUACUUUUCCUUACGUGGUUCUCAUCAUCUUGCUGGUGAGGGGCGUGACCCUGCCCGGCGCCUAUGAUGGCAUCAUGUACUACAUCAAACCUGAUUGGUCCAAACUGGGCGAGGCGCAGGUGUGGAUCGAUGCAGGAACUCAGAUCUUCUUCUCUUACGCUAUUGGUCUGGGCGCUCUCACCGCCCUGGGCAGCUACAACAGAUUCAACAAUGACUGCUACAAGGAUGCCUUCAUGCUGGCUCUGAUUAACAGCGGCACCAGCUUCUUCGCUGGCUUCGUGGUGUUCUCCAUCCUGGGCUUCAUGGCCAAAGAGCAAGGAGUGGAUAUCUCCCAAGUGGCAGAAACAGGUCCAGGCCUGGCCUUCAUAGCCUACCCCAAGGCCGUGUCCCUGAUGCCCGUGGCGCCCGUCUGGGCGGCUCUGUUCUUCUUCAUGCUGCUUCUGCUGGGACUCGACAGCCAGUUUGUUGGUGUGGAGGGUUUUGUAACAGGCAUUCUGGAUCUGUUUCCGGGAAAGGAUUACAUGCGCUGGCGACGUGAAAUCGCUGUGGCAAUCUGCUGUUUAUUAUGCUUCAUCAUAGAUCUCUCCAUGGUUACACAGGGAGGGAUGUACGUCUUCCAGCUGUUUGACUACUACUCAGCCAGCGGUAUGACCCUGCUGUGGCAGGCAUUCUGGGAAUGCAUAAUUGUCGCCUGGGUCUACGGUGCUGACCGCUUUAUGGAUGACAUAGCUCGUAUGAUUGGCUACCGGCCUUUCCCCUAUAUGAAGUGGUGCUGGUCAUUUAUCACUCCAUGUGUUUGCAUGGGUAUCUUCCUGUUCCACCUGGUGAACUACAAGCCUCUAACCUACAACAAUGUGUACGUGUAUCCAUGGUGGGGCGAGGUGAUUGGCUGGUGCAUGGCCCUGUCCUCCAUGCUCUGCAUCCCUGUCAGCGUGCUCUACAAGCUCUUCAGGGCCAAGGGCUCCUUCCAAGAGCGCUGGGACCACCUGACCAAGCCGGUGUGGGGUGCUCACCAACUGGAGUACAUGGCGCCUGACACAGACAUCAAGCGCUUGGCCUCCCUCUCUCCCGGCACCGAGGAGAAUAAGGUCAUCAUCUUCGAGAGUGUGAUGUAGAACACACUGGGCUGAUGAUGUAGACCACGGAUGACAAACAACCUCCUCCUGCUGUUCCCACAGCAACGUAGCACCAGCCACCACGUGACCUUGACCUGUUGUCACCUUGGGUUACAAGCGAGAAACCUUUGACAAAUCAAUUUUGAAAAUUCAAUGUUCUUAUCGAAACAAAUCCAAAUCUAAUUUGAAAACGUAUUGACGUCAGAGGUCAGGCUUCUCUAUCUUGGGUGUUGGUUAUCAAUGUCCUGCAGUGUUUUGAGAUAGAGACACGGUGCCAGGCCAUACUCGGAUGGUGUUUGUAUUUGGGUGGGGGGGUGGGGGUUGGUCUGAGUGUGUAUAGGCCCAUGCGCCAGGGUGAAUUUACACCCUUUGAAUAUGAUCCGCAGAAUUCCCUUCCGCUUACUUCCCAACUGAAUGGAAUGUCAUGAACUAACACAUUACAAAUGGGUACACACACACACACCCAAGCACACACACACACCCAAGCACACACACACACACACACCCAAGCACACACACACACAGACUAGAUUAGAAGGGAGCCAAUGAGCAUUGUUAUUGGGACUUAACCUACAUUUUAAACACCUUAUCCGAGAACAUGAAUGAAGCACUUUAUUUCCUUGAAGUUACAUGACAUGUUUUUCAUUAAAAUCCAAUAAAAAAGAAAAAACAUUUUUUAAUCACUAUCAUCGUGUACCACUCACCAUGUAUCACAUUGUGUAUCACUACUGUAAUUUGACUAAAUUGACACAUUGUCAGUAACAUACCUGUCCUGUAUGAUACAUAAAGUAGCCUUGUUACUUUCAGGCCCCUUAUACAACUAGUUGCCAAAUUACCACAGCCCCGUCACUGUAAUGUGUGGUUCAUGCCAUGCCCAGUAUAUAGCUGUAUACACUGUUGUGUAUGUACAUAUAUAUGGCUGUGCAUAGGUUUAUUGAAGUGCCAAAUGGAAUGUUCUUGUCUAUCUCUGGUUGAUGUCAGGCAGAGUGGCUAUAGUUGCCAUAUUCACUUCACAGAGACUUAACUGUUUAUGGAUCCACAUAUUAUUAUCCACAUAUAGUUUAGUCUCUGACUCUACCUUCAGUAUCUCUGUUUGCCUGACUCUGUCCCAAAUGCUCUGUGUCCUCUGUCGAAAUGCUGGAUAUCUGGACUCUCCAGGGUGAUGCUAGGCAACGCAGCCAUGUCAUGGCAGCGGUUGUUGUCCUUGUCCUGGAUGUAGAUGUCUGUCUUCCUCAUAGGGACACAGACAGACAGAAAGACAACUUCACAGAUCACCAGCAGCAGCAGAAAGGCUGCUGUCCUGUCUGUUCCUGAUACAUAUUACCUUAUGGAUGUUUCUAGAUAAGAAUGACCGUCCCAUCCCAAUUUUUCUUUACUUUCAAGUAGAAAGCAAGGAAACAAUGGAUCAUAGACCAGAGAGGGGGAGAAAGGGAGAGAUGUAGCCUGGAGCAGGAUUUAAUCCUCAGUCUCUAUGGAGUUAUAUUGUGCAAAUGUAUGUAGAAACCACAGCCUAAUAGUUGAAGUCUCUCACCUCCAUCUCUGAGCAGCUGGGAGACCGGUGGCUUUCCAACCGGAGGUCCCAGGAUAGUUUGCUUGCUUCUCAAUGAGACACAGAUGUAGCUCGAGGCUCAGUUGGUGUGCUGUAGUCUGGUCUGGUCUGUACAUAAAAUUUGCCACACACGAAUGGUUCCCUAUUCAUGUAUCAGUCCUCCGUGCUCCCAGACACAGUCUCAGCGUGCAGGAGAGGUCAGUUCUCUUCCGGAAGACUCUGGUCUUGUUAGUAGACAUUGCUAGAAGCAGCUGUCAUCUCAACCAUGAACGCUCAGACAGAGAGAACAUUAGUCACUCUGAGGCCAUUACUAUCAGCACUGCAGUGGCAACCCAUUUCCAAGACAGCAAGUACGUAUUAAAAUUAUGAUUUAUAACAGACAAAAAGUGUUUCUGCUGCCGAUCUUCAGACAGAGGAUUCUUCGAUGCCAAACCAUGCCUUAUGUUGUUUGUCUUAAAUCUAGAGCCCGUUAGGUCUCAUCAUACCAGCCAAAUGCUCAGAUGCUCAGAGGGACAGUUCUGGGGGACAGCCACAGGGAAUUCUGCUACCCAUUAACAUAUGAGAAAACAUACAAUCAAUUUGGAAAUGGGUGAAAAUUAUUAUUAACGUCAAAGAAAAUAAUUUCGGGAAUGUAAAAUCUAUAAAACGACAUUUGCACAUUGUUGUAAAAUAAUCUUGCUAACACUUUUAAUCGUGUUAGAAGAACGAUUUUUGUUUUGUUUUACAUAUUGUAAAAUGAAUCAGAGAUUUAUUUUGUGAAGGCUUUUAUUUUGCUUAUACAUACAGUAUAAAACAUAUAUAUAUUGAAUAUCCUUGUGUGUUAUAUAUACAUUAAAAAAAACUUUUCAUGCAGUAUAUAAUUUUGAUGAGGGAGAUUUCAUAUGGGAAGGGCAUGUGUCACUGUGUCGCUGCGAUGCAGUGCAGGACAAGCUUGUGAGUGAUAACUGGAGGUAUAUUCGGGGUUAAUACACAGAAAGGGAAUUAUUUUGAUUUCAAAUAUCAAGUGCUCAAGUGUUAGAUUUCUGUCUUAGAUUACCUGUGUGUGUUUACAUAAUACAUGUUUUUCCCUCAGACCACCCAGUGCUCAGAAAAUCUGGAAUAAUUAUUUUCAGAAAAUAUAUUUUUGUUAAGUCUAAAAAACUUUUGAAAAGUUGAUUAUAAAUCACAGGACAUCCAUUAUGAGUUUGUAGAGUCCAGUAAAACUGACAUUUAGAGGAUAUUUGAUUGUACAGUUAUUGGAAUAUUUUUUAUAGUUUGCCUAGCAUCAGACCCUCAAAACAAGAUGUUAAUUUAAUCUCUUUCUCAUCUUCCCAAAUGCCUGAUACCUCACAUCUAAACACUUCUCUUAAUUUGUCAAUGUUAAAACCAGAUGUCAACAUUAGUCAUGGUUUUGAUACAGAAACUUGGAUACAGACAUAACAUUUUAUCCCCUUUGUUCUGUAACUAUGUCUGCCUGUACAACUGUUGAUAGUCAGAUUAGAGUGAGAUACUACGCCUGGUGGCAAGAUAAACAUGAGUUUAAAAGUGCCACUCCGAGGAUUGUCUUUGGACCCAAAGUUAAGCACCAGGACCCAAAACACUGUUUAUAGGAUGGUUAUUAUAGUCAGACAUUUUGAGUUGAAGAUAUUUCUGUCAUAGAUUCUAGCCUGGGUUGGUCUAAAGGUGAAAAAUGUUAACUGUAGUAAUUAAACGUAGGAAAAAAACUAAAUGAAAAUGUACAUUACCAAAAUCAUAUGUAUGGUGUCAUCUUUUGCGCUCUGCCAAAUUAUUCUUGACAGUAUCUUUACUCCAAGAGAUGAAUAUACUGUUUGACAGAGGGAAACCAGCGUAACCUAGUUAACAAAAUCUUUAUCUGAAUGUAUUGAUCACCUUUCAAUUGAUGGUGUUUUUACAAAUAAAACAUUAUUAAAUUCUUGAAAACAUAUAUAUUCUGUGAAAAUACUGACCAACUAACCUGGUCACAAUACCAUUUUACUAUACCCAUGCAGUGCAAAUAAACCCAACUUGAAUGUUUUAGUCAAAUGUGAACCAGCUAAGUAGAUUGCAAGUUAACUAACAAUUCACAGUUGAAGGACUUGUUUAUUCUCACUGUGUGUGAGAAUAACUCUUUAAGAUUAUCUUGAUUAUUGGUUACUAAUUAGCAGUUUAAAUCAACAUAAGAGACAACUGCAGGUCAAGUGAUUGCUUUGGAAAAGGAUACUGUCCAGAAAAGAUAUAAUACCAUUGUUAACUUCAUUAUCUAACUUUUAUCAUUGUGCUUUGUAUCACGUGAGAUGUAACUGCAGUCUUCCAUUCUUGAUUCUAGAAUAGAGAUUAAAAAAAACAUGAUUCUAUGAUUCUUAACAACUUUGACUGUAGAACCAUGUUGAUUGCCAGUGUUCAUUCAGUGUUGACCCUCACGCUGUCUGAAGGGCUUCAUGCUAACUAAGACCACUGUGAUCCUGUGCUAAAACUACCCACUCACUCCACAUCAAGUAACAAAUGGCAAUAAAACUAACUUUAUGUUGAAA